AUGCCGGGAGGGCGCUUUGCUUUCAAGGAUCUCAUGAUCGACGGUGAGAACAACGAGUCGGACGCCAAUGCCAAAGAGGAGGCAUUUGGAGACGAAGGGGCUUUUAAUGUUCUAGAUGACACGGAUUGUCGUCAUGCUAAUGAAGCAAACGGAUUUACCGUGAUUCAGGCGAAGACAAGAUGCGAUACCAAAAGCUGA